AUGACGACAUGGUCCAAUUCUGACGUCCUCAUGGCUUCCAAACCCGCUGGCAUGCCUACGGGCCAUGCGUCAGUCUAUCCGGAGACCAAGAAGCCUCAUGGGAUCUCCCUCGGGGGCUUCCGCAUCGCUACGCUGAAGCUGCCCAUUCUCAAAGCCGAACCGAUCGAGGAGAUGACCAAGCAGCUGGGCAUUGCGCCGCCCGAGAUGAUUUUCGGGGACAAUCAUGUUACCAUUGAACACGAGAAAACGGGGUGGGGGAUCGGCUUUAACGCGUUCGACGCACUGAACUUGGUGGACAAGACCGGGCAGUCUAUGCUCCAGGUCGCAUAUUCAAAGGAGUGGCAGCAAAGCAGGGAGAAAACGCACGAGGGGAUUAAGGAGGUUGUGAAGCCGUUCGACUGGUCCUACAGCACCGACUACAAGGGCACCCUCAGCCCCAAUGCACGGCCUUUUGAAGAGACCGAGAAGCCGAUUCCCAUCGAAUUGUUGAAACGCCCGGACCCGAUCCUGUUCUUCGACGAAGUUGUGCUUUAUGAAGACGAGCUGGCCGACAAUGGCAUUGCCAUGCUAUCUUGCAAGAUCCGCGUGAUGCCAGGAAGACUCCUUCUCCUGUCAAGGUUCUUCAUGCGUCUUGACAAUGUUCUGAUCCGUCUUCGUGAUACCCGUGUCUAUGUGGAUUUUGAGAGUCGUGAGGUGAUUCGGGAAUACCAGGCUAAGGAGUGUGAAUACGAGAAGGUCAGACAGGUCCUAGCAAACACUCGGGAUGAUAUCCCGGCUUUGAUGAGGGAUCCAAACCGACUAUCUGAAAUUUUGCCUGUCGUAGAAAAGCGCGCCGAACGAGUGGUUCUCGAAGGUUGA